AUGCUCAUCGAAGGUGGUUUUCCGGGUAGUACACUUCUUAAACCUGGACACAAGAAACGUAUAUUAAAUAAACUUCGAGGACAUAUUGAUAAAUUUGAUAUUCCAAAAGAAUUUCCAUAUAAAGAAUCAUUUUCUGAUCUUGAUGUUCUUAUUGUAUGUCCAUCAUCAACAAAUAUUCUAAAAUUAAUUAAAGGUUUAUUUAAUCCAAAAGCAUUAUAUCAUAAUGGUGGUGGUUAUUCAUUCGAUUUUGAACUAUUUCAAAUUGAUUAA